AUGAAGAUAAAUAAAAAGUUAUUGCCUAUUAAGGGUCAUUAUUUUCUUUUUAAUGCUGGUACCGCCCCUCUAGUUCCAUAUUUAUCAACUUAUGCACGACAACUGGGAUUCUCCUCGGCUACUGUUGGACUGAUUUACACAAUUUUGCCAAUAUUUGGACUAAUAGCAAAACCACUUUUUGGUAUUAUAGCUGACAGAUUCAAAAUACAAAAAUCUAUUUUCAUCCUAUUUCAAGUUGUGACAAUAGUUAGUUUCUCCGCUAUUUAUGUAAUACCGGGAGAAAAUGGUUCUAAUUCCGCGGUGCAACUGGAGUGCGGUGACGGCGUAUCGUUUUUGCGUAGCUGCUACCGGGAUGAGCAUUCAGUUAAUCAGUGUACGAAAACAAAUCUGGAAAAUCAGACUGGCACUUCCCGAUGUAACAUGAGUUGCGAUAUGAGUUCACCGAAAAUGUGGCAAACGGUUUGUGAGCACUGGCACAUUCCACAGUACUGCUACAGUGAGACGGACAACAUACAGUAUACCACAUAUAUUAGUAACGUCACACAAGAAGACCACUGUUUAAACAUACACGCAAAUAAAGUAAAUUUAGACGGGUACCUAUUCACUCCUCACUGUCGCAUCGGCGACGGGUACGUCGAUUUAGAUCUGCCCUGUUCUAUGAACUGUACAAAUCAGAAACUUUCAGUGGCUAUUGGCGUGUCUAAACCAAUCAUGACAUGUUCUAAUAAGAUGUUAAAUUACCGCCUAUGUUCAAAUGAUACUACCGCAUUCCAAACAAAUAUUAGUGAAUCACACUAUGAUGACUGUCAGGCAUCUUGCGAAUUAGAUAAGUCAGCCCCGUGGCGUCUCAUGGAGAUAUGCGAGGCGUGGGAAGCAGAUGCGGCUCCUACUUGCCUACCAAAAACAACAGCUGGCACAGAAUUUCCUAAAAACCUUUCGUUUGUGGGCACUUUAUUACUCUCCACUGUUAUCACCGAGGACAAGUGUGCAUACAUACAACUUAACCGCAUAGUGUUACCUGAUGGUUCCGUUCAUUAUCCAAAUUGCUUUAAUAAAGCUCCAUUUGAAACUGGAAGUGACGUAUUUUACCCCUCAUGCAAAAUAGAAUGUGAUAACUUCGUUGUUAACGAAUGGUUCCAAUCGGCUACAGAUAGUCACAACAAUACAACACAAUACACGAGGCAGUUCUGGCUCUUUUUCCUAAUGAUGAUAAUAAGUUGGAUUGGUCAAGCUGUCGUCGUAACUUUUGCUGACGCAAUCUGUUUUAACUUGCUAGGGACUAAAGUUUCUCUUUAUGGAAAACAGCGACUGUGGGGUUCAGUUGGUUUUGGCAUUUUCUCCUUUCUGACUGGUACUUUGAUAGACUUGUUCAGUGAUGGUGCCUACAAAGACUAUACAAUUGCUUUUGUACUUAUGUUUGUGUUUUUGUGUGGAGAUGUUAUAGUUUCUAGUUUAAUAAAGACUGAAUCAACAAAAAUGUCUGUUAACAUCUUGGUUGAUGUUGGUACUCUACUUUCCUCUUUGCCGACGUUGGUCUUCAUGUUAUGGACGAUUGCAGUGGGGCUUUGCACAGGCCUCCUCUGGCAAUUCCUCUUCUGGCUUCUAGAGGAUAUUUACGGUUGUGAUAAUUCCGAUUAUAUUAAGACAUUACAAGGACUAGUUAGUGCAAUUCAAACUGUCUGCGGGGAAAUUCCUUUUAUGUUCGCCUCAGGUUACAUACUUAACAAACUAGGCCAUAUCAACACGAUGAGCUUGGUGCUGCUUGCUUUCGGUGUGCGUUAUAUUUUGUACUCGUACCUUACAAAUGCAUGGUGGGUGCUUCCGAUAGAGAUGCUGCAAGGACUCACUUUGGGAAUGUUCUAUCCUACCAUGGCGUCCUACGCCAAUGCUGUAUCACCUCCUGGCACUGAGACCACUGUACAGGGUCUUGUGGGUGCAGUUUUCGAAGGCGUUGGCACAUCACUAGGAAGCUUCAUUGGGGGCCUCUUAUAUGAAACGUAUGGUGGUCCUAACACAUUCCGCUGGUUCGGCAUUGGUUCGCUGAUUUGCUGCCUUCUUCAUAUCUUGGUGCAAUACCUCAUUAAGGAUAAAGUUCGUCACAUAGAGCUGACGAAAGCGUACACCUCUAUCAUGCACUAUGAAAAUCCCUACGACCCAACAUACAUAUUAGAAGAAAUGACAGAUUUAAAUCUGGAAGAAUAA